AAGCUUCUGUAACAUACUUCAGUUGGACCCACACAUGCCUCUGUAACAACCUCACCACUACUGGGUUCCGUUGAGUACCACCCUAGUGCUACCAUGGAAUCCCAUGAUAGCAUAAGUAAAUCGCUGCUAUUAAAUACCACCCAUUGGAUUCCUAUCGCAUCAUGGACACUACUAGUUGUACUACUAUAGUACUGGCACUGCUAUGGCUAUCCACGUGUUGCCAGGCACUGUGUUUCUUAUUGGCUCUGAUAGCCGAAUUAGACAAUAUUCCAGCAGUAUCGACUACUACUACCCUAUCUACUGUACUGCUCGGAGUAUGUCUAUGGCAAUGCAAGAAGGCAGGGUACCUCGUAUCCCCAAUGACCUGGUACCACUGGGCACUACUGAUACUACUAGUAAUACUGCAGGUAGUGGCACUGAUAAUGAGGUUUCUGAGUCAACUUGAUUGGCAGGAUCGUGAAAGUUACGUCGCCACAUGGACAUAUCCCAUUUAUGCAGUUGCGGCCGUAUUACUGGCUAUACUCGGUGGUACCCUAUAUUGUGGCUGGAAGUGUAACCUAUUCUGCAGACCAUGUUGCAAAAGUCAGUACAUUUGCUAUGGUAGUGCAAUAGUGGUAGUACUAGUUAUUCUGAUAUUACUGGGAGUAACAGUUUCAAUGGCAAAGUAUCGUGCUAGUGAUCACCAUGGUGUCGUCAAUGAAGGGCAGACCGAGACACUGAUUAUUGGAUACCUUGAAAAAAUGACACUACCAAUUACCCAGUGCUAUACCAUGGCAAUUAUAUGGAAUACAACACUGAAAUUACCCUAUACUGUACUGGAAGUGGUUGCACUGUUGACAUCGGCGCUAGCGGCAGCCUCAUUAUUGACAUUGGCAAUACUGGGUGGUAAUCGUGGAGUUCUACUCAGUAGUACGACGUUUCCUUUCCUAGCACUCCACCUAGUUUUCUUGGGAAUUACUUGGUACUGCCUGCAAUAUAAAGAUGUAUUCUAUUGGCCCAAGGAUUACAUGUGCUUCGGGAUAGUGGUAAUAGUUCUACUGCUGGUAUUGAUAGUGGCAGUGAUUGUUAAUGUAAGCGACGAACACGAAGGAGAUCAUGUUGUAAAAUAUAUCCUCCUGGGCUACUCCAUAUUACUGAUGGUACCGACAUUGUGGUAUGCAUACCGAUGUGGUCUACUUACAUGGAAGUGGAGCCUUCAAAAGAAAAAGGGUCUCAAGGCUACUGACAGUGCCGAGAGUCAUGACAUCAUGACAGAAGAUACUGAUAUCGCAAAAUAAUAGUACUGAGAGUGCUACUAUU